CCCAUCUCAACCGCCCUGCAUCUUAUCAGAUCGUCAACAUUUUGCUCAACGUCUUUUCAGAUGUCCAACAAAGUGUGUGUGUUUUCUGAAUACCUAGUGUACACAACUACAUUUCGGACACUGGAUGCGCUUUGUUAUUGUGCACGUUUGUGAGACGGAACCGCUCCAUUUCCAACCUGCGACUACCCCAGGUCUUGGCGUUCCUUCCCCUUCCUUCAGCUCGACCGUCAGACUUCCAAGCAUCUUUCAAGUUGUCAUCUUUCCCUGUUUAUCGACCAUCAAUCCCAGUCUCCAGCUUCAUUUUAAACCCAGCAAUCAUCGACUAUGCAGUCCAUGAUGCGAUAUCCUGGAGGCGACCUAGCAAUACUCGGCGCCGAGACCUAUCCUGACCCCCUCGCCCAGACACGGGCUCGAUCCCGAUUGACUCGUCAGUCACGCUCCACUGUUGCAAGCCAACGACCUGAAGAGGGCGGUCCGCGGAAACGUCCAAGACUACAAGAGGAAGAAGUCGGGACACGCGAAAAAGAUGAAACUAAACGGGCCCGCGGACGUCCGCGGUUAGACGUCAGUGAUCAGACUGCUGCUGACCGUCGACGAACCCAAAUACGUCUAGCACAGCGCGCAUACCGGAACCGCAAAGAGACGACUAUACAAACAUUGGAGAAACAAGUCGAAAGUUUACAACAGGUCAACCGAGAAAUGAGCAAUGCUUUUAUGGAAUUCCAUGACUCUGUCGUCGCCAGUGGUUUACUAGACAACUCUACAGAAUUAGGCAGACAGCUCCUCGCUACCAAGAAAAGGUUCAUCACCAUCACACAAGCCGGUGGUGAUGACAUUGACGCAAAUGACCAUCAUGAAGGACGGCGACGAGGAAGCACGAGCACAACUGAGUCCAUUGGAAGUCAUCGCAGGCGAAAGGAACCUUUACAGCCAGAGAGUCAAAGAAAUUCCCCGGAGCAUGCGACGGAACCAUCAGCCACCAAGUCACCCCCUCAGCUUUACCCAGGCCUCACCAUCACUCACGAGCCAAUUUCUCAAAGUUACUUGACCACUGCCCCGGCAACAGACUUGAGUCUCUCCAUACCAACCACCAGCCAAGCAGCCGAAUUCCUUCCAACCACCACCGCCCCAUCUAUCUCCAAGGCCUUCGACUUUGCCACAAUAGACUUCGACCUCGACUUCCUCUCUCAACAGCCCCUAGCCCAACUACACCCAACGGUUCCAUCCCCCUAUUCCACUCUUCCCACCCCAUUCUCCUACGCCUCACACGAAACCACCUUCGGCCGCCGCUACCAGCGCUUCGCCGUAGAGCGCGCCCAUAUGCUGGUCACCAUGCCCAACCCACCGCUCGACCAGCUCAACAGAACCUUCGGCUUCUGCUUCCUCUUUGAGUCGCCCGACAUGAUCUUCCAACGAACGUGCAGAGCCAUCGCCAGGAGGGCCGGCGAGAGCCUCUACAACUGGCAGUACCCCUUUUACCAUCUCGGUGGGGCCGGGACGCACAACUUGCACCAAAGUGGACCCGGAGGACCCUUGAACAGCACCCUUACGCCAGAAGCGGGCAUGAAGAUGCAACUUAACUUGCAGGUCGGUAAUCAGGGGACUAUUGACGUCCUAAAACCACACGCAGAGCUGACGGCAGGCUUCGCCAUGGGUCCGUUCCCGCCUGCUGUCAAUAGCGCGAGGGAUAACUUUCUGGAUAAGGACAUGAAGAUGUAUCUGCCCGGGUUUGAAGGGACGUAUUACGAUUGCGAUGAAGUUGAGUUUUACUUUCAUCAACGAGGGGUCGUGAUCCCGCCCGGAGCGGAUUCGUACACUGUGGAGAUUUAUCCGGCGCAGUUUGGUGUUGGCGGUAGUGCUGGUGCUGGGUGGGGAGAAGGACCAGGAGGACCACCAGAAUCAGGAUCAGGGUCGUUGGAGGAACUUGAUUUGGCUUAUCUUGACUCGCUUGGUGGUCAGAACUGCGAUGCUCCAACAACUGCUGCUUACGUGGAAUCACUGCCUUCUUCGAUGGACUUCAGUUCAAACUCAAUUAUCAGCGAUGAUCCUCCGCUUUUCGGGUACCAACAGCAACAACAACAACAACACUGUACGACGACGACGACAAACAAACCACUUUCCACCGGCGCUCCUCAACAAGCAAACGAUAGCUUCGAAUUCUCCGAGGUCUCGCCAGAUAACAACAGCAAGAAUAUGUUCAACUUGUCCUCCAGGAGUUCGGAAUCGUCCUCAAGAUCCGCUACUGAAAAUACCACAACCACCACCACCACCACCACUACGUCUUUCGAUCAGCCACUGCCGGUUCCACCCAAACAACCACAGCAAAUGUGGAAUCAACGCAUGCUAGUGACCAUAGACGUCAACCAGCUGGUGAACGAACUGACGGAACGAGCCAUUUGUCUGGGGAGAACGCCGGGCAUUAGGGUGGAGGAGAUUAAUGCGGCUUUUUGGAAGAGUUUGUCCAUGGCUGUGACUUUGUAGGAAUGUACCUAGGGUAUUGGGUACGGUUGUUUAUUUUUCUUUUUUUCCCCUUUCAGGUUUUGGGUACAGGUAGCCUGGAAUUUCAUGGAUGGGAUGGGAGGGAUCAAGGCGUGUAAGAAAAAUAUUCAUCCGAAUUAGAACAAAAGCGUAAAUAAUCUGUAAUUGUGAUUGA